UCUCCGGAAGAAGACCAAAUCUGCAAAUUCAUCAUCAACAAACUCAAUUUGUCUUCAAAUCUUCCUCCAUAGGCUGAAGAGUACAUAGCAAGAAUCGAAAAUGGAUGUUGUGCAAAGAAAAGUGAACACGUUUGGAAGAAAAGUUGCUUCUUUCCCUCAUAUUGACGCUAUUGGAAGAACUCUCUUUGCUUCAUCUUUUUUUCUCACUUCAUGGAAUGACUAUAUGGAGCUCAAAUCCAAUUGGGAAGGAGGAGAUGAUUACUGGAGACCAAAGUUAGGUUAUUCAGGAGAUCAAAUUAAGCAUCUUAUGAUAGUUAGUAUCAUAGUGAAGACGCUUGGUGGACUUAUCUUUAUCUAUGGCAGCUUCUUUGGAGCCUUCCUCUUGCUUAUGUACCAAGGUAUUGCGACGAUGAUCCACCAUGAUUUCUACAACCAUCGUAUCGACACUGAGGAAUUUGGACUGCUCUAUCACAAAUUGAAAAGGAUUCUGAACGAAACUGUGUCGUACGAAACUGCAUACAAUUUCUACAAAUCAGACUUCGACCAGCAGCAAAUAGAGCAAGUCAAAUCAAAAUUCCGGGAGCUUGCGGAUCACGCUAUGACAAACCCUGCCUUGUUCGGACAAAAUAAUGAGUUUGUUCGUCAGUUCUUAAGCUUCCUCAAAGGAUUGGCCGUAGUAGGAGCUUUGCUAUUUUUCGUUGAUAUGAAGCAUCGACUCAACAAGGCCAAGAAGCAAUCCAAAGUUAAAACAGACUAAAAAAACUUAUAAGCCAUUUCAAAUGCGUCGUGUUUAUGUUAUAAUUUACUGGAUUCGAUUCAUCUUUUGACCCAAUGAACAAAAACGUUAUAUUUAUUA